UUGUUCGCUUACUGCCACUCCCAUUUUAAAAAAAAACGUUCCUUUUUCCCAUUAUACAAAUAGGAAAAGUCUAUAUUCCGUCAGACACGCAUAACGCUCUAUACUACUGUGUUGGGUUUCUUGCUGGACAUUACAAGCGGCUCGAAGCCAACCUCACAGGUUGGCAAGGGACUUUAUUUGUGGCCAAGUUUUUGGCUUCUUAUCUAGUGACAUCUGCAAGAAGUCUUCUGCUUCACCAUGCCUCCAAGACCCUUAGACUAUGAGUCUAUAAAUGAAAAUGUGAAGAGGGCUCAAUAUGCUGUUAGAGGUGAAUUAUACCUUCGAGCGUCUGAGCUUCAGAAAGAAGGGAAGAAGAUUAUAUUCACUAAUGUUGGCAACCCGCAUGCUCUCGGACAGAGACCUCUGACCUUUCCUCGUCAGGUUGUUGCUCUGUGCCAGGCUCCAUUUUUACUAGAUGAUCCAAAUGUUGGAUUGCUGUUCCCUGCAGAUGCAAUUGCAAGAGCUAAACAUUAUCUCUCAAUGACUGCGGGAGGUCUAGGUGCUUACAGUGACUCCCGAGGCAUUCCAGGAGUAAGGAAGGAAGUUGCAGAGUUCAUUCAAAGGCGUGAUGGUUAUCCUAGCGAUCCAGAGCUUAUAUAUCUCACUGAUGGUGCCAGCAAAGGUGUAAUGCAGAUCCUAAAUACCAUCAUCCGAGGUCAAGGGGACGGGGUUUUGGUUCCUGUCCCACAGUACCCACUCUACUCUGCAACAAUUGCUCUCCUUGGCGGUUCUCUUGUUCCAUACUUUCUUGAAGAGACAGCUAACUGGGGUCUUGAUGUUAAUGAACUUCGUCAGGCAGUUUCACAGGCUCGCUAUAAAGGAAUAACUGUAAGGGCAAUGGUGAUCAUAAAUCCUGGAAAUCCAACUGGUCAAUGCCUUAGUGAAGCUAAUCUAAGGGAGAUUGUACAAUUUUGUUACCAAGAAAAUUUAGUCCUGCUUGGAGAUGAGGUUUACCAGCAGAAUAUAUAUCAGGAUGAACGACCUUUCGUUAGUUCUAAAAAGGUUUUGAUGGAUAUGGGGCCACCUAUGAGCAGGGAACUCCAGCUAAUCUCUUUUCACACAGUGUCUAAGGGAUACUGGGGGGAAUGUGGACAGCGGGGUGGAUAUUUUGAAAUGACCAAUAUUCCUCCUGAGACAGUGGAUCAGAUUUAUAAAGUUGCAUCUGUGUCACUCAGUCCAAAUGUUCCAGCACAGAUAUUUAUGGGGUUAAUGGUCAACCCGCCCAAACCUGGUGACAUUUCUUAUGACCAAUUUGUUAGGGAAAGCAAGGGAAUACUUGAUUCACUGAGGAGAAGAGCAAGGUUGAUGACUGAUGGAUUCAACAGCUGCAGAAAUGUUGUUUGUAAUUUCACAGAAGGUGCCAUGUAUUCAUUCCCUCAAAUAAGAUUGCCACCUAGAGCAAUAGAGGCUGCAAAACAAGUUGGAAAGGUUCCCGACGUAUUCUACUGUCUCAAGCUUCUGGAAGCCACCGGCAUAUCUACUGUUCCCGGUUCAGGAUUCGGACAGAAAGAAGGGGUCUUCCAUCUGAGGACUACAAUUUUACCAGCGGAGGAAGAGAUGCCUGCCAUUAUGUCUAGUUUCAAAAAGUUCAAUGAUGAGUUCAUGGAGCAGUAUGAAGACCACAGAGGUUAUUCGAGGAUGUAAUAAAGCAUAUCAUUCGCAAAGUUUGUAUAAUAUCCCUAAGCUUUUUAUUUCAUACACUUUUUAAACGUAACCUCCUCUGCAUGAGGCAAUCUUUUUAUCUGAUGACAAUGAUUCUCUUACUAUACUUUAUCCUCUACAUCA